UUCCUAAUUAAUUCAUUUGUUUUAGACAUGGUUCUUCAGCAACUACGCUAACGAGACAAUCAGAGAGCUUAUAAAUAACUCUACAACAAAAAGUAAGCAGACAGUUUACACAAAAUGUAUUUAUAUUAAUUAAGUAUUUAUCUUUUGUCCUGUGUGCUAAGAUUGUUCAGUUUUAGGUAACCACUUCAUUUUGGCCAACUGCGUAUCGCCAACGCCGUAUGACUGUUGCAAAAUGUCCGCUGCGUUGAACUCAUUCCUGGUUGUCAUGAGUAAAGAGCCCGUCGACCAAGAAGCUAAGAUGCUAUUGAAAAAGAACGGGACGCAUUAUUUCUACGAGAAAACAGAUAUUACUGCAACUGUUAAUAAAAAAAAGAAACGUAACAGGAAAGCUAAAAAAGGCAAAAAAGGUAAAAAACAUAAAUCCAAAAUAAGGAAUGUAACUUCUUCCGUUUAUGGAAAAUCAUCAAAAUUGUUUUCAAAAGAUGCUCAAAGCUUAGAUGACGAGAUUUUAUAUAAAGUAUUGAAAUAUAAAAAUAGAUACUAUGAAAAAUAUCUAAGAAAAAUAAGAGCAUUACCCGAAGUAGGGCAUUUGGAUGAAAUCGGUCCUGCAUUUGAAAUUGAUACAGACUAUGAGGCAAGAGAAGAACCUUUAAAGACAGAUAUACCCAAAACUGAAAAUAUAAAUGAUACAGAAAGCAAACAAAAAAAAACUAACGCAACUGAUGUAAAAAGUACUGAAAAAUCCUUCAAAAAGUAUGAGUCAUCGACAACGAUGCCUGAAUUAUCGACAGAUAAAUCUAAAAGUUUUGAUACAAAUUCUAGCCACAAGAAUAGUGUUGGUAAUAAAGAUAGUAAAACUUUUAUUAUCAUCAAAAAAGGUUCAUCAGUAAAAACUAAUCCAGAAUCCAGCACUGCUGAAUUGAUGUCAAGACAAAAAUAUUCUGAAGGAGAUACAAUUAGGUCUAUAUUUAAGUUCCGUAAUAGCGUAGAUGCUGCGAUCAACAAAGGCGUAUGGGCAAAUACAUACAAAAGUAGCGAGAGUGAAAUUGAAGAGGAAAUAUUAAAGGACGCUGAAGCACUAAUACAUCCAGCAAAUAAAGUGAAAAUCUAUGCCAGAGAACCUAAAUGGUUCUGUCACUUUGAUGAUAGAACGUAUGUGAAUGUAAAUCAAUUGGUGAAUGUUCUCCAGAGGUUUAAUUAUUUGGACGAAUGGUAUUUGGGUAAAAAACAUCGAAACGUAAGCCUCAGCAAACUGCCCUCGAGACGAAAGAAAUACAGAGUGAAGAAAAUAUUUUACUCAUCCAACACUGCCGGAUUUUGUUUGAGUUUAGGAAUGAUUCACAAAAUUAAACAUUACAUUCGGGGAGACAGGUUUAAUCAAUUUUGUGCUGCGUACGACCUCAAAGAUGAUGCGGCUCUAGGAUUUAUCAUAAUUCAUUUGCUGAAGAUAGAGUUGUUCAACUUACCCGAGUUCCAUUCAAGAAAAGAACACAUCAAGUUUAAGCCAAUGCAAAGCUUCAGAGAGCAAGUCUCUUUCAGCUUCAAAGAAGCCAAUACAUUCCAAUCUCUACAUUGCUUCCUGUAUCCAAGGAGUCAAUAUUGCAAAACGCCACAAAUGCAGCAGACACUCAAGGACAUGUUCACGGGCGAUCACUUUACCGAUGAUGAUGAUGAUGAUGGUGACAAAUAUGACGAUGAUGAAGAAGAUGAUGAUGAUGAUUAGCGAUCACAAACAGUUCUGUUAAUUGCCGGUUCAGAACUUUUAGGCUGAAGGCUAUACAGUUAAAGUAAUUUCCAUGUUAAGAAUCUUGAUAAAUAGAUUUAAGUUAUACCUAGUGUUGUAGUUCUGAGAUAGCGGAGGCAUAGAACAAGGAACAUAAGUACUUCACUAACGAGAAGGCAUAGACUCCUGCUAAUAGAGAUUCGUGCCCUAUCGCCUGAUCAUUUUAUAAUAGCAAAACAUCACAACCUAAACUACGUGCUCAACCAAAAGUCACACUAUAUGCACUAUCAAUCAGAUGAUUACUUUUACUAUCAACAAAAUCAUUCGGUUUUUUUAUUAAUUUAUUUGAUACUUUAUUGUACUAAUAUGACAUAAGUGUAAAAAAGAUGGACUUAAUGCUAAAAGCAUUGGAAUUCACGUUAUUUUUAACUGAUGUUUGACGCUUAAUUGGGCAAAAUGAUUGUUGAUUAUGGAUCGUUUUGAAAGUUAUACCACUGAGUUUAGGCCGAAAACCAAUGAAAAUUUUUAAGUAGUCAUGCCGUUUGAGGCAGAAUUUAAGAUACAUUUCCAUCCGUAAUUAGGUAUAGUAAAAAAUACGGACACUCUGUAGGUACUGGUAGAGUCGACUCCAUAAUAACUAUAGGAACUACUAACUAGGCACUGAGUAGUGAGUAGUCUGCAAAAUUUUAGUGCCUUUUCAAAAUAAAACUUUAUAAACCACAAA